AUGGAUUCUGUCUAUCCAUCUACUUCAACAAGUUGUGAAAUUAACUCAGGAGCCUGCCAUCUUUGCAGCAAAAUAUUAAAAAAUGUGGAAUUACGAAAUCGUCAUAUCAAAAGAAUACAUAACAUAGAUAUGUCGAUUAAGAAAAUUAAUCACAUGAUUUGUCCCUUAUGUGAACAAGAAACUAAUUUCAAAAGCCAUGAGAACUUACGAAAACAUCUAAAGGAGAACCACCAGGUGAGUAUUGAAUUAUUAACUUUUGAAUUUUCUAGUUUACAAGAAUAUGAGACAUGGAAAGACAUGCAGAAAUUUGAGACAAGUUAUAGAAUAAAUAGAGUUGUUCAUAAAAAUAAACAGAAGACAAUAUACUAUGACUGUAACAGAAGUAACAUCACAGGAUAUAAGUCCAACUAUAAAAUUAGGACAGAGAAAUCUGGUGGAUCAAUUAAAAUUAAAGGAGUGUGUCCCUCCAGGAUGAUUUGCAAACUGAGAGAUCAAGGACAAGUUUCAGUCAGUUAUUGGAAAACACAUGCUGGACAUCAAGAGGAAUUAAGAACCAUGCAUCUGUCAAAAGCAGAAGAAAAAAUGAUUGUAGAGAAGUUAACGUCUGGGGUGCCAUUUAGAAGAAUUUUAGAAGAUUCAAGAAAAUCAGGAACACCAGAACUAGAAAGGCUUAGCCUAUUGACAAGUAAAGAUCUUUCAAAUUUGUCCAGGAAAUAUAAUACAUACAAGAAACGAGAUCAGAAUGAUAUGGUAGCAACAGCUUUAAAGGUUCAGGAAUGGAAUUCUAACAACAAGAAUUAUGCUUUCUUAUUUAAGCAGGAAGGAGAAGAACAUGAUGUACUUAAAAAAGAAGAUUUUGCCUUAGGAUUCAUGAAUUCGGUAAUGGAAGACAAAUUAAGAGAAUUCCCCAGCAUAAUUUGUACGGAUGGUACACACGGCACAAACAAGAGGGGAAUGGAUUUAACAGUGGUGCUUAUUAAAGAUGACAGGAAUGCAGGAUUUCCAGUUGCGUUCUUACUGUCAAACAGAUUGGACCAACUAGUUCAAGAGGUUUUUUUAGGUGCCCUUAAGAAUAGAAUGCAGACUUCAAUUCAUGCGGAACAUUUUAUGAGUGAUGACGAUGGAAAAUAUUAUAAUGCAUGGGUGAAGAUUAUGGGCAACCAACCAAAAAGGCUUUUAUGUACCUGGCACGUCGUGAGAAAUUGGAAUAUUCAAGGGAAGAAGAAGAUACAGGAUCCAAUUUUGAAGAAACAGAUGAAAACUGAGAUGAAAAGAAUUAUUAAUGAAACGGAUGAAGAUCGAUUUAUGGAGUUGUGUAACAAAUAUAUAAUCAAAUUACAAGAGGCAAAUGAGAUAGAUUUUUUUAAUUAUCUGGCAGGGUAUUACUUUCAGAAUGAAGAGAGAAUCAAAAUGUGGGCCCAUUGCUACAGAAGAAAUGCAGGAAUCAAUACAAACAUGGCGAUAGAAUCUUUCAAUAAUCUACUGAAGACCAACCACCUUAGGAGAAAUGCAGCAGUAUCAAUCGAAAAGUUGUUGGACACCAUAGAGGAACUAGUGGACAUAAAAAUGUGGAACAGGAUUAUUAACAUUCAAAGACCAAAUGCGAACAAUUACCAAGACAGGAUUAUAACAAAAGCACACAAAUUGGCAGAAACGAUGAAAAACAAGGUGGAGGUUAAGAAAAAUGUGAAGGUAUAUGGUCAAUUUCAGGUAAAGUCAUUUAGAGAUCCUAAUAAAUUAUAUAAUGUAAAUAUAAAGCAAGUAUGUGAAAAUGAAUGUAAGACAUUGUAUUGUAGAGUAUGUAAAAUUUGUAUUCAUCGCUACCAGUGUGAGUGUUAUGAAUAUGUGGUGAGGAAUACCUUGUGUAAGCAUGUGCACUUGGUAAGAAUGCAUGAGGAGCACGAGGGAACUAACUCUGUUUUAGAUGAUGCUACAAGGUGUUUGGCAGAAACUUCAAUUAUCAAAUCAAAGUAUCAGGAGGAAAUUAAUGUGUUUGUCAGAGGGAAGGUAGAACAGACAAAUGCGAUCCAGGAAAACACCAAACGAUGUGUUCAAAAAGAAAACUUCAAAAAUGUCACAGACAGCUUAGAUGACUUAGAUGAUGAAAUUUAUACACAAGUACAUGACAAAUUUAUGAGAAUGGUUCAAGGAGCAAAGCGUAAAAUGAAGGAAAAAUAUCAGGAAACCACUAAGGAUAUUAUAAAGAAGCGAAAAAUGGAAAAGCAGGAAUAUUUUCCUUCCAAUAAAAAAAGAAACUGAUUAAAAAUUAAAUUUGAACCAUUCUUGUAUCUCACAUGUAUUUUGUGUUUUUGU